CUUCUGACUGUCUUCUCUUUGUAUACUAUAUUUUUUCUGUAUUUUCAAUUAAAACAAAAAUUCUCCAACCGGGCUUCUCUUUGUAUACUAUAUUUUUCCUGCAUUUUUCAAUUAAUUUUUUUUUCCAACUGGGCAAAUUCCCUCCCCAUGGGAUCAUCACCUUAAAGAUGCACUUCGUCCGUAGCGGUACAGAUGCAUUGAAUAUCCGAUUGUUCGGUACAGAUAUAGAAUCUUUCUGUUCCAGUUUACUCUGGUUUAAAUGGACCAGAGGAUGAAAGGGUCAUCAUGGCUCAAGCAAUUUGGGAGAGCAGCUGGUCGUGCCAAAAUAUAUACGUUAGACAGAGUAAAUAACGAUUUAAGCCAAGAAGGAUUAGUGCGCAGAUUGGGUGUGUUUGAUUUGAUAUUGCUGGGUAUAGGGGCUUCAGUAGGCGCAGGCAUAUUCGUUAUCACAGGCACCGUCGCUAAGGAGGCAGGCCCAGGUGUCACAGUUAGUUUCAUACUAGCAGGAGCAGCUUGUGUGCUCAAUGCUUUGUGCUAUGCAGAGCUAUCAUCUCGUUUCCCUGCAGUUGUUGGUGGAGCAUAUCUUUAUUCAUAUGCUGCCUUCAAUGAGCUGACUGCAUUUCUUGUUUUUGUUCAAUUGAUGCUUGAUUAUCACAUUGGUGCUGCUAGCAUAGCACGUAGCCUAGCAAGUUAUUUGGCAACAGUUUUGCAACUUAUCCCUUCUUUAAGGGAGCAUCUCCCAGAAUGGCUUGGACCUGGUGGUAUGGAGCUCUUUGGAGGAUAUUUGUCAAUCAAUCUAUUGGCACCAUUGUUGCUGGUUCUGUUGACAUUUAUUCUGUGUCAAGGUGUGCGAGAAUCAUCUACUGUGAAUGCUGUCAUGACCAUAUUAAAGGUUAUGAUUGUUCUGCUGGUAAUUUUUAGUGGUGCUUUUGAGAUUGAUGUGUCAAAUUGGACCCCUUUUGCUCCUAAUGGAUUCAAAGCAGUUGUCACGGGGGCCACAGUUGUGUUCUUUGCUUAUGUUGGAUUUGAUGCAGUUGCAAACUCAGCAGAAGAAUGCAGGAAACCCAAGAGGGACUUGCCAAUAGGCAUACUUGUUAGCUUGAUUGCUUGUGCAGCUUUAUAUAUUGGUGUCUGCUUAGUUUUAACGGGCAUGCUACCUUAUGAAUAUCUUGGUGGAGAUGCACCUUUGGCAGAAGCUUUUUCUGCCAAGGGCCUAAAGUUUGUUGUUGUCCUUAUAAGUGUUGGUGCUGUUGCCGGUCUUACUACAACACUUCUCGUUGGAUUAUAUGUUCAGUCACGCCUAUAUCUGGGUCUAGGACGUGACGGCCUGCUACCAUCCUUUUUUGGAGAGAUUCAUCCUAAAUAUCGGACCCCUAUCAACUCCCAAAUUUGGGUUGGAUGUGUUGCUGGAAUCUUGGCAACCUUCUUCAAUAUCAGCUCACUUUCUCAUAUUUUGUCAGUCGGUACACUGUCAGGAUAUUCAGUUGUUUCAGCUUGUGUCAUCAUGCUUCGUAUAAAAGUGGAUGCACAAAUUCAAUCUGAAUUUCCUGCCAAAGGGUACACAAAAUGGCAUGAGGCUGUUGUGUGUAUUCUCGGUGUUGCAUGCUGUGGCUUUGCCUCUGGUCUGUGUUAUCGUUUCGACUCAUAUUUUAUUUAUCCUGUGAUCUUAAUCAUUUUGGCUGUCUUCUUUGCUGCUACUCUUCAGUAUAAGCAAGAAUACACAGAGCCUCCUGGCUUUUCUUGUCCAGCAGCUCCUUUGCUACCAGCUUCCAGUAUAUUUUUCAACAUCUUUUUGUUUGCUCAGCUACAUUGGGAAGCAUGGGUGAGAUUUGCAGUUCUCAGUAUUGGCGCUGUCAUAAUAUAUGCUCUGUAUGGACAAUAUCAUGCAGACCCUGAUCGUUAUACACUACGAGACUCAUCACUUUAUCAGAGAGCUUCAACAAUGGAUGAUGAUGAACUCCAUGGUUCAAAUCCAUAGGUUUGAUAGCAACAUAAUCAUUUCUUCAAACCAUCUGUAAAAUGGGUUAUUUUAAAUUCAAAAUGACAAAAUUAUGAAACCUCUCACGGGUCUGGUUGUAUUGCAAAAAUAUCCACCUGUAAAAUUAAUUGUUGUAUAAUUUUUUAGAUUUCUUAUGUUUAACUUUUUCCUUAAAUGUAAUGCAAAUUUCGAGUCCACUUCUAGGAAAAGUGGAUGAACAUACAUAUAAGAGGUUGAUAAACUUUGUAAUUAUCUUCCCAUCCAUUUUUCUCAAAUUUCCAUAAUUCAUUCCACAAUCCUCGUCACAAA